CGGCGUAAAUCAAAUUCAAAUUCAAAUCUUUCGUCAAUUGGAGGUCCCGUUUCGCCUGUUCCAGCACUGGAUCGAUAAGUAUGCACUCUCUCUUGCCGGCAUCGCCCAGUAAGUAAGUGUAAGUGCAACUGUCACUGUCAAACAGCUGGAAAUUAACUAGGCUACAAAAUAUUACAACUUGACAAACUUGCACGUUGUUUUAGUUUUAUAAAUAAAAAUGCCGAAAAUUAAACAAAUAGAGAAAUUCAAACAUCCCAACAGCAGAAAAACCAAGUCGAUAGCCAAACAAAUACUGAAGGAAAAAACUCGAGAAAAAAAGAAACUAUGUACAAAUAUAAAAACGAAUUUACAGGGAGAGAAGUUCUUGUGGUUUAGAGACAAUUGUUGUCUGGAAUGGAAAGAAUGCACGGCCAGCCAUUUAGAAAAUUUAAUUGAGAAAUAUUUGUCACGUUUUGAUGAAGAACUAGAGCAAAUUAAAUUAAAACAUUCGAUAGGAAACCGGAAAAACAGGCAGCACGCCAGUAGAGAAGAUAUUAUUAAGAUGACUCUAACACGAGAACUCGAAGAUUUUCAAAGUUGCGGAAUUGAAUUACCAAAUUUAUUAGAUCCGGCACAAUUUAAGAAACUUAGAGAGUGGAAUGGCGAACUCAGGUUUUUACAAAACUUCAAACUUAAAAAGUUCAAUAAAACUUUUUUUGAAGAAGCACGUAAAAAGGCAAAUCUAGUACAACCCAAAAUUAAAUCUAAUGUUACAAGUAUAAUGGAAACAUCAUAGUAUUUAUUACAACUUUCAAUAAACAAAUCGAAAAUCUAUUUAU